UUCAAUUCCCUGUUUAAUCGAUUCGGGUCAUCUUCCUUCUUUUCCGAUUUCCAGUUUAGUUUCAUCUGAAUUCUGAAGUCCGAACUCCUUGGCUACUUGUUUAAUCCAUUUCUCCUCUGUUGCUAAGCUGAGCUCCGGCAUUGAGAAACCCUAGCAAAUAUGACGGAGGCAAUGAUAAGGAAGAAGCCUGGCAUGGCCAGCGUGAAGGACAUGCCGCUUCUUCAGGAUGGUCCGCCGCCUGGAGGUUUCGCUCCGGUCCGUUUCGCCCGCCGGAUCCCCAACACCGGCCCUAGCGCCAUGGCCAUUUUCCUCACCGCUUUGGGCGUCUUCUCUUGGGGCAUGUAUCAGGUGGGCCAGGGCAAUAAGAAACGCAGGGUAAUAAAGGAAGAAAAAUAUGCUGCUCGUAGGGCUAUCUUGCCUAUGCUACAAGCUGAAGAGGAUGAAAGAUUUGUCAAAGAAUGGAGGAAGUAUCUAGAGGAAGAGGCUAGAAUUAUGAAAGAUGUGCCUGGCUGGAAAGUUGGCGAGAGUGUGUACAACUCUGGAAGAUGGAUGCCCCCAGCAACCGGGGAGCUUCGACCUGAUGUCUGGUAAGGUCUACAGAUGCACUGUUGGUUAUAGCAGUGAAAGCAUUUUUUUUUUUUUUUUUUUUUUUCCGAUUAUUGCAGUCUUCACUGCACUUGGUUGCGCCCUGCGCUUUUCUCGGUGUAAUAAUGUACCUUAAAGGCUUUCUUUAAUGCAUAACAUUGAUACAUACUGGAUUAUAUCUUCUUUUCAACAUGAUUUAGUUUGCUUUUCUCCA